GAAUCUGCUCAUGUUGGAUGAUUCAGACUGAUGAGUAAACACCUGUCUGUCUGUCUGUCUGUCAUGUUCUCCUCUGCUCUUCAGGUGUGAAACACACACUUUUGGACCAUGAGUGAUGAGUCUCCAAUACAGACCCGCCUCACCACUGACGUUCCUCUGGCGUCAGGAUCACAGGAGAACUAUGUCCUGCUGCUGGUGUUGGUGUGUGUGUUCGCCAGCGGGACGCUGAUCAUUCUCUCACUACUGCUGAUCUUCUGUCACCGCUGCUGUCGAGGGGGACGACGAUACUCCAGAGCCAGUGAUGACCUGGAGAAGACCAACACGACAUACAUAGAGGAGAGUCAGCCCGUUCACGAUGUGGCCAUCAGACUGGAGAGCGGAGAGUCUCUGUCUACCUCCAGUUGUCAUGGAGAUGUGGAUGCUGAGCAGUUCCUGUCUGCGUCCUGCACCGGCCGACGGGUCUCCUUCAAUGAGGCAGCCAUGUAUGAGCAGAGCACCAAAGACUCGGAGAAAGGGCGAAGGUACACGCUGACAGAAGGAGACUUCCACCACCUGAAGAAGGCCCGUCUGACGCACCUGCAGAUGCUGAAGAUCCUGACCAUCAUGGAGUGUGAAUCUGCAGAGAGCAGCGUGCCGCUUCAGCAACAGCCCUCCACACACACACCACUCGCCAUAUUCCAGGCAUCUGACGCUGCUGUGCCGGACGCUGCAGGACAGUGGAGUGUUCAGAACUCCAGCUCUGCUCUUCCUGGAGACUCUCUGAACUCCAGCCUGAAACACACACGAUCACAAACCAUUGAGGUGAUGAGCCACAGUCUGCUGACGGACAGAGAUUCCACUUCCUGUCCAGCUGCUCAGGGCGGCAUGUUCCACUUCCUGUCGAAGCUGCGCCGCCAUGCCAGCCUGGAGGGGGCCGCUCCGCUGUUCAGCGUCAAGAAGUGGAGACAGGAGACCAUGCAGAGAGCGGCCAGCCUGGACACACGAGGUUCUCCUCGGAGGCGAGUGUUUCAGAGGCAGCGGGCGGCCAGUGAGACUCUGGAUCAGGGAGAAGAAGAAACCUUGCAGAAUGAGGGAGUUGAUCAUUUCCUGAUGAGAAAAUCUUGUGUUCAGCCGCAGACGGAGCCGCCCAGACGCCUCUCAGCUGGAUCUUUAGAUGCCACUGCUGGAGCUCCAUCUGCCCUGAGCAGAUUAGAGGUAGAAGCUGUAAUGGAGCACACAAACAACAUGGACACAAGGGCAAAAGACACAACUCCAGUAUUCCCUUCACCUCACAGACCUCUGGAGAUCGAGGACGGAGAGGAGAUGGAGGCUGGAGCAUCAGGAUGUGGUGGGGAGGAGUUUGGAGCCAUGGGUCAAUUGGAGAGCCUGGAUCAGCCCAGUCUGUACCGUGAUAUCUGGAGCCUGCGAGCGUCUCUGGAGCAGUAUGCUUCCUCGGACCUGAGCAGCAACGACAGAGACUCCACUCGCAGCGAUGCCGACAGCGUCUGCUCUGCAGGAGCCUCCAGAACAGGUGUCCCCAGCUACCAGUCGCAGGACAUUGAUGAUGAUAUGGAUGUGGAGCUGCCAUACGAUGACACAAUAAGGGAUGUUGGACAGAGGAGAAACGGACGAGAGAGUCUGGACUCUGAAAGAGGGAGCGAUGGAGAAACAAACAACCGCAAGCUCCUGCAGAUGGACAGUGGCUACGCCUCGAUUGAAGCUCCAUGCAAAGCUCCAGAGGAAUUCAGACUGUUCGGAAGCGGCUCUGGAAAGACCGCAUCUGAACGACGACGCUUCUUCACCAAUUCUGGCCGUAAAGGAACUGUUUGUGAGAGUUUUGAGGCAAGGCUUUUUAAAGAGGAACUGGAGGAUGAGGCAAGUUUGGAGGCAGAGCUUCCCAAGAGCCAAGAGACACAACCUACGACCAAACCUAGGCUACGAUUGCGCCGCCGAGACUACAGUAUCGAUGAGAAGACAGAGGCGCUCUUUAAUGAAUUCCUACGGCAUGAUCCCCAGUUUGACCAGCAGGGUUCACCAUCUUUGCGACACCGGCACCGAUCCCGAAUUCAUCUCCGAAAGCAGUGGCAGCGCAGCAAACAGUACAGUGACCCCGGAGCCGCUCGAUACUCACCAUCCCUAGAGCGCCAACGCUGCUAUCCGCUACGCAGAGGUGACAGCGCCAACUACCCACUGGAUACACGAUACCAUAGUACCCUACCUCGCAUCGCUAGUGCAGCAGAUGAGGAGGCCAGCGAGGGAGCAACAGGUACAGAAACACCUGAGAAUGAAAAAGACAGACUGGAAUCUGCAAAUGAUGGUCCUCCCCUAGAAGAGCCAAGUUCUGCUCCAGACCUGGAAGAAAACGCAAACAACAGCAGCAACAACUUACACCGACAUUUCUUUUCAUUGAAAUCACAGGACAACACUGCCAGGGAUUGCGAAACACCAGAGGACUCCGGAACAACUGCGCAUCCCACAGAUCCACAUACGCCGAUAAUAAGUGUGAUAAGCUCACAUGUAGGUACAUUCAUACCAGAUUCUGCAAACCCGGAUUUGGACUAUAUUCAUCACACACUCGGCAACAUCAGUCCAUCAGACAAACUGGUGUCCACACUGGACGAUCGGCUCUACUCUGAGCUGAGGACUCAAAGAGCAAGGGAAGAGUGUGUCGUGACUGUAAGCCGCACCUCACCAGAUCUGGAAGAAUAAAACCUGAAUGAUAAGUACAGGGAUAAAGCCUGUUGCUCUAUCUCUCAGAGAACAGUGAAGUCCUCACUACAGCUUUAACUGAGUUCUAGAACAGUGGUUCCCAAUUCCAGCCCCGUGCCCUGUACAUUUUGUGUGUCUUCCAUGCUUAACAGACCUGAUUCAGAUCAUCAGCUCAUUAACAAAGAAAUCCAUGAACUGAUCCUUGUGUGUCAAGUAAAGAGAGAGAUACAAAAUGUGCAGGGCAGGGGGUCCAGAGGACUGGAAUUGGGAACUACUGUUCAAGAGGACCUGCAGAGUUUGGCUCCAACCCUAAUCAAACACUCCUGCCUGGAGCUUUCUUAUGAUCUUGACGAUUUGCAUGUUCAGGUGUAUUUGAUUAAGGUUACAGCAAAACUCUGCAGGACAGUGGUUCUCCAGGACCAAAGUUGCCCAUCUCUGAGCUACAACAAUAAUGGCACAGUAGUAUGAUAGAGUUAUAAUCAUUUUCAGAAUGAUUAUAUUAAAGCUGGUCAUUAGUAAAACAACAACAACUGAUUAUUAAAAUCUUUCUGACUGUAAAGAACUCAUAUAAUUAAAGCAGGGGUGCCCAAACUUGCUCUUGGAGGGUCGGUGUCCUGCAGAGUUUAGCUCCAACCCCAAUCAGACACACCUGAACCUGCUACUAGGUAUACUAGAAACUUUCUGGCUGGUGUGUUAAGUGAGUUGGAGCUAAACUCUGCAGGACACCAGUCCUCCAGGACAGCGUUUGGGCGCCCCUGAAUUAAAGAGACAAAACUGCAACUUCAUAAUUAGCAAAAGCAUAUCGUCCUGUAGCAUGGACGCUAAUACGGGCCCGUUUCAACUUGGUUUUAACAUGUUUUCAGUGAUCUGAUCACAAGUGUUCAGCCAAAAAUCAUUUGCGUUUCUAUCUGAUGUUCAGUAAGACAUGUAUGAGAGUACUGUUGGUUGAAUGAACCAAUGUUAACUGGUGGACAAGUGAACAGGAGAGCAAAUCAAAGAUGUAAAUGGAACAUUAUAUUCCCACAGUAAUCUGUGUUUUGGUUGAGUGCUCCCUCAACAUAUCCCCUUAAACCUUCAUCAGAUGAAGACCUUUAUUGAAAUUGAUUACAAUAAAAUGUUUCAGUUUACUGUUGUCAAAAGUUUGGGAAAGGUCAGAGAGUCGAGACUUGAACUCAGAAUGCCCAUAGUUGUGUUAAUAUUGGUGCCAACGCUUAAAAUAAUAAUGACCCCAGUGGGUUUGUUUUAAUGCUAUUAAAUAUGAAGAUGGUUUUGCAAUAGUCACUUAAGCUUCAGUACAUUCCUAUUUAUGAACACGAGUGAUUAUUACUCUAUGGAAGCAAACCCAUCCAGUGUGUAAACUGAUAUAUUUACUGGCGUCCACUUGUGAUUGGACUAAUGAAAACACAUUUUAAAGUGUAAACGUGGCCAUCGUUAUCAUUCUUGCACAGAAUAGGGGCUGAAAUAAUCCCCUACAGGUCAUCAUUCACACUGCAGAUGAAUCUCAUUCAGGUUUAUUCAGAAUAAACGAACUGCUUCUCCAAAGACUUUGAGAAAUACUACAGAAACAGUGAAAAUAAGUGUGACGCCUGCUGGGAAGACUAGCAAUAAAUACAAAGGGCAACGAGUGUGAUUCUGGAUGUAAAACAAUUAUAGCCCAGUCUAAACACAGUCUUGGUUCGUCUGGAACUACAGAGUAAAUAUUUGUGUGUAAUCUAUUCUGAAGCAUUAGAAAAUCCUCAUCUAACUUCAUCAUAAAGGGUCUAAACGCACUCGGAUCUACCAUAUAAAAGAAACGUUCACUGUGAAACAAGCCGUUUGGUGCUGUUGAGUUCAAUUUCAGUCAAAUACAGUUGAAGUCAAAAUGUAUUCUUUUAUUAAUUAUUUUGCAAGAUACUAGUAUUCUGACAUUUAAAGGCUUAACUGGGUUAAUAAUAUUGAGCUUAGGUGGCAUGGUGGUUAGCACUGUGGCCUCACAGCAAGAAGGUUGCUGGUUUGAGUCCUGGCUGGGUCAGCUGGCGUUUCUGUGUGGAAUUUGCAUGUUCUCCCCGUGUUGGCAUAGUGUAUGAGUGUGUGAGAAUGAGUGUGUAUGGGCGUUUCCCAGUACUGGGUUGCAGCUGGAAGGGCACCUGCUGCGUAAAACAUAUGCUGGAAUAGUUGGUGGUUCAUUCUGCAGUGGCGACCCCUGAAAAUACAGACUAAGCUGAAGGAAAAUGAAUGAAUGAAUGAAUGAAUGAAUGAAUAUCCACCUUAAAAAUUUUUUUGGUCAAAUUAAUUCAAAACAAACAAAAUUUCUCCAGAAUAAUAAGAUAUUAUAGGAAAUACUGUGUAAAAUUUCUUGC